GAAACAUUGCGUUGUCGCCAUGGAAACCAACACCAUUAGUGUAUACAGGUUUUAAAUAUAUACUUAAGUAGACGAUUACUCGGCGACAAAACACUUGACAUCGCUAUUUCAGAUAAUAUAAUACUAAAACAAGAACAAUGAAGUGCUCUAAAAAAGACAAAAAGUUUGUAUAUACUGCUACCGGUUAUUUGGGCGAAAAACGAGACACUAUGCUUGAGAAUGAACUUCUGCUCAGGCCAAAGUUAGGAAUACCUAGGAGCAGAGGUCUGAAAUAUCCCGGAGAAGGUUUCAUAUUUGGUGUAUCCACAGACUCAGGAACCAAUACAGCUGCAGAAGCAUUGAGGGGAUGGCCUGGUUUGCCACCACUGGGAGUACCUCAGAAUCUCCGACCAAAGACACCUGAACGAGAUUUCAUGGCACUGAACUGUCAGGCAGUUCACAAUGGUCUUGUCAAAGCACCAGAAUACAAUCUGUACCGGGCUACUCACGACAUAAGAGUUCAGGAUGCAGAAGUUUCUCAAAAAGAGAAAGAGUCCGUGCCUCUUUACACAAAAGUUUAUGGAAUGCCUACCAGACCAUCCACGCCAAUUUUUGACGUUCUUGAACACAAGUUCCAAGAACGCUGGCUUCAGAGACGGCGUCUACAAGAUCUUGCAGCAAGAAGAUCAGCAGUUAAGAAAAGGCCACAAACUGAGGGAAGUCACAGACAAAAAGAAUGCCGAGGCUACGUAACAAGAUCCGCCAUGUUGAGAACAUUCCAGAACCCAGUUGAACCACCUCCUCUCUGGCAGAUGCCAAGAUUUGCAGAAACUGCAAAACCACACUUACAGACAUUCCGAACAACCAAGGCUAAAAAGGAUGCAUUUGACCAUUUCUGUCAUGACAAAAUAGGCCGGCAAGGAACCUUUGGUGAGGGCGUCUACAAAUCUGCCGUUUACUGAAGAAACCAUAAUUUGAAUGUGUACUGACUGAAAGAAAUAAGGGAUCACAGAAAUAGUAAAAGCAAGUAAUGACUGCAUCCAAAACGUUCAAUGCAUACAUAGUGUCAGAAGUGGACUGUGUUACUGGCAGUCAGUUUGACACUACUGACAUUCAAUACCACUGUACAGGGCUAGCUCAGGGUGAGGAUUCAUUUUCACCAAAUUAUCUAUAAAACUUCAAAAAUAGCAGAAACUGAGUUAUCUUCUAACAAAAUAUCAAUUAUUACAUGUAAUUUUUUUGCCAAAUUAUAAUAAAAUUCGCCAGUUGUCUUUAAAAUUCGCAGUUAGCGAAUUUGGUGAGUGGCAGAGCUAGCCCUGCCACAUUACAACUUGGUAUGAAAAACGGACAAUACUGUACUAGUAGUAAGUUAAAUUUGGUUUGCAAUUCUAUGUGUUCCCUUAUUUCUUUCCGUCAGUAUAUAUUGUUUCAUAAAAUUUUCAACAGUAUUCUUUUUUUCCCCAACUGCUGGAACUUUUUUGUUUGUUUACAGCUGUGAUAUUUUAUCAAGUUCUAGAAGUAUUUUAAUUACCGGUACAUUUUCCUGAACUUUUAAAAUAAUAUGUUGUUGUUAAUUGUAAAUGACUCAGUAUUAUAACUUAAACAGCAUUUCGUCUUGUGUCUACCAGACUGUUUUAUAUGUCUUUUUACUUCAUUGUUUGUAUUCAAGUAGUGAAUUUGCAUAUUUUAACUGGGGUUAACUUCAGGAAUGAUAACACAAAAGUAGGGAAUGUGUCACAAAUAUUGUUUUCAUUUUGUUUGAUUUUGAUUGUUUAAAAACAAUGUUUCAUGUGAACAGUCGAAAUGGAAAUGUGCAUACUGGAUUGUUUUUUUAUAAUUGCUCUGCAUCUUACCAGUAUUUUUCCAUUCUUUGUGGAUAUUAUUUAAGUGCAUUUUGUGAGUGGUUGUAAAGUAUUUAUUAUUGUUCUGUGUAUUAUAAACAUCUGCCUCUAUCACCCUCCUCCAUGUGACGUUUUUUUGGACAGCUGUUAUGAAAUGAAAUCCAUUGCUAAAACCAAAACAGAAAGAACUUUCUGAAGAAAAAUAAACAAGACAAUUUUUUUUUUAUUUAGUCCAUGUUUCUGAAAUUCCUUAUUAAUGUAAACUAAACCUUCCUUUAGUCUUAAGAGUAUUUUAAAUUACCAGUAGUGGGAGUUUUAUGUUGUAAAGAUUACUUGAAUUACUUUGUUUGCAGUAUGCAUUCUUCCAUCUACAGAUAUAUAUUUGUGUGAAACCUGUAUGUAAUGGCCAUAUUUGUAUCCAGUAAAGAUUAGAGAAUCUCUCAUAUUAAAACAUUUUUAAUUAUUUAUAAAAAUCUAGUCUUACACAUAUUUUGCUUAAAAUUGAAAUGUAGGUGCUAGAUUCUUUUUUUUUACAUGCAGGCACUGACUGACACAAGUAAAGAUUUGUGAACAAGUGUAAAUAUUUUGUUUUGAAAAUGGAACAGUUUUUUAGAGGAUCAAAUGUCUCAGAACAGUUGUAUACUGUACAGAUGCUGAUCUUUUGUACAUGGAUAUGAUUAUUAUUAGGGAUGUGCGGUAUCAUCAGUAUAUGUUGUGAUUCAUGGGGUAAAUAAUAUGCAGGGUUUAAGCUGUCUCACCAAAUUGCCAAAUGCAGUUUAAAGUUAAAUUUGGCAAAGCUAUGUUAUUACCAAUUGGUCAAGAAGCUAAUUCUAAAACUGUGUUGUUUGUAAGUGUAUAGCUAUUCUAAAAAAGAAUUCCAUUUAGCAAAAAGUCAGUUGAAUUUGGCUACAGAUUUUCUGAUCAAAUUCGCCAAAUUGCUAUUUAUAAAACAUCCAGCUUAAAAUCUAAAUACGUAUUACGAUAUAUCUUAUAUGUACCGAUAUACUCAGUAAUUUCUGAAAUUUAGGUUCAUUGCUAGUCGAAAACUGAUUUCAUAGAUUCAACUGGUUUUCUUAACUGUAUUCAUAGAUGUGAAAAAGAGGAGCUAAGAUUAUUAAUUAAGCUUCAAUUAGUCUGCUGAAGUGAUUUAAUAUUUCAUGUUUUAUAUAAUAAAACUUCAACUUCUAUCAUGUAUUUUUUGUUAGGUCAUUACAAAACUCUUUAAAAUCAGUUGACCUUGCUGUAAAUAAUAAUAAUAAUAUAUAUAUAUAUAUAUAUAUAUAUUAGUGAUUAGUGAUAUUAUGCCUCUUUUGAUUGAGUAUCGAGCUGGGGAGCUGGGCAUCGAUCUUUUAUGAAAUACCUUUUCAUUGGCUUAUCUAUACAAAGGCAUGGGAUGAGCUUAUGUUAAAUGACUGAAUGCUACAAAGAACAUUGUUAAUGCACUUUUUUAGAGUUUUAUCCAAACUUUUACAUCACCAUAGUGUAGAAUGUGUAAUAGUAAAAUUCCAUUUAGAUAGUUCUAUUGGGAGAUUGACAUGGUGCCAUUGAAACAUUCUAUAUUCAGUCAGAUAUACAGAUUAUGUAAAUGAUUACAAGUUUUGUAUAGUGUAGUCUGUGAAAUGGAUAAGAUAUGUAUUUUAUUAUGGCUGUGAUAAUUACUCUUGUUUUGUGUUACGUUUAUAUGCAAGAUGCUAACAACAAACAUUGUGCCAAGGAUGUUACAUUAAAGAUUAGUGAGAUAGAGUUUUUUGUUUUUUUAAAUUGCAUUCAGAUUUUCUAAGGUCUAUUCCAGAAAUGAAGGCAAAGUGGGAGGGACUAUAAUAAUAUGAGGUGGACCCACCAGACUACAGUACCACCAUAUGAUUAUAUUCUGGAACCCUACAGUUUCGUACUGGUAUUUGUAUCAUAAAAUUGUAUUAAAAUAUCUUUGGAAGUUUUACAAUUUUACAAUCUUGCCAUAUAGGCCUAAUGUUAAUCCUUUUAUGUAGAAAACAGAUUUUUUUUUUUAGCAAAAAUUAAAAUUGGAAGUAUUAGUGGUUAUAUUGAAAUAUAAAUAUUGCUGUACUGUUUUAUUGAGGCUGAGUAGCACUUCAAUUCUUUUGUACCGAUUGGUAUACACCUACAUAAUUAUAUUUACAUUGUCACACAUUUGUUUUAUUCAUUGGCGUGAAUAAAUGUUAUUUGUACCAUAAA